AUUUGACUUUAAUUUUGAUAGGAACUUGUUAUUGUAAAUUUUUUACGUCAAAAACCCAUGGGUACCCAUGAACCCACGGAUACCCAGCGGGUUGGGUUGGGUUUGAGUUUUUCAAACCCAAUGGGUUUUACCCCGGGUUUUUUUCGCGGAUAAACCCAUGGGUUUGGGUUUGGCAAAACCCGACCCAACCCGACCCAUUGCCAUCCCUAGUCCUGAAUCAGCAAGGAUUGACAGAGGAAGAAGAAGAAGUGGAGAAACGUUUCAUCACCGAGGAUGUUUCUUCUGUUAUGUUUUGUUUUCAUUUAGUCGCUGCGACGACGUUUUGCUUUCUGUUUAUUAGUCGUUAAGCAAACAGUGUUUUAUGUUGCUAAUGGCCAGUAGAAUCGUGACACCUGUACUAGCUUGAUAAUUUGAUUUUGCUGCUAUAAAAACGAACAGAGAACUCAGCAGAAAGCUUGAGCUUCUCUUUCACAAAUCACUCUACAGAAUUCAUAUGGUAUAAGAGCUGUGAGGCUCUAGGGUUUCUCAGAACGCGCCGCCAUUGUUGAACCAACAACCCCAGGAGGCAACACUCGCGAUUCAGGGAGCUCAGGAGCAAAUGUGACUGGAACUCCAGUGAACCUGCAAUUUGGCUCAUUCAACCAAGAGACUGCUCAGAAUGAGACGAUUACGUUUGGUAACCCCUACUAUCUCAACCCAAACGAGAAUAUGUCCAUUUUUGUGGUUGCUGAGCUGUUUGAUGGGUCUAAUUAUAGUAUGUGGAGUAGAUCUAUGCAAGUUGUUCUAAAAACUAGGCAUAAGAUCGAAUUUAUUGAUGGAUCCAUACCUAUGCCAGCACGAGAUUCCAAUAUGUUUGGAAUAUGGGAUGCUUGCAACACCCUUGUGUUAUGUUGGAUUCAAAACUCUGUUCAGAAGGACAUAAGGAGAUCAAUCCUUACCCAUAGUAACGCUAAGGCCCUCUGGGAUGAGUUGAAAAGAAGAUUUGGGUUACCUAAUGCCCUUAGGAUCACUAAUCUGGAAGAUGAGAUUAUUGCUUGUAAAUAGGGCUCGAGGUAUAUCACUCAAUACUACACAGAAGUGAAAGGGUUGUGGGACGAGUAUGUUGAGUACAAUCCUAUUGUACCAUGUGCUGCAGUGGCAACCUUUGUUCAGAAGCAAGAAACAGAUUAUGUGGUUCGUUUCUUGAGAUGCAGAAGCCCUUGCCAACUGUGUCAACAACUGUGGAUGACCUUUUACAACAUGAAGAGAAAUUGAAGGGUGACAAUACAAAUGGAGGAAGAAGGUCAUAGAUUCUAGCUCUGGCAGUAGAAGGAGAACAAGGAAGGGAAUCUGGUGAAGGAAAGCAGGGCAGGAAGUUUUGCAGAUUUUGCAAAAUGAGGAAUCACAAUAUAGAGGACUGUUACAAGUUGAAGAAGAAGCAGUCUGAUCAGAAGAAUGGUAAUGGAUCAAACUUAGGGUCUAGUUCAAGCUCUAGCACUCCUAGGUUUACUGGUUCAGUUUCACAACCUGGAUUCAAUGAAGCACAAUCAGAGGGAGGAUUCUCUAGUGAGGGGAGUGUUGCUCAGGCACCACCCAGUUUUACACCAGAGGAAAUGAACAGACUCAGGUAUCUCCUGCAAGUUGGUACUAAUACAUCACCCUCUCCACCUACCUCACCAUCUAUUGACCAUCAAGCCUACUCAGUAUCUCAAUUCCUAGCACCCUUUCCUAAUCACUCCGGUAAAUAUGUCCUGUCCUCAGCCCAAAACUGUAGUCCUGAUAAUCUAGGCCUCUGGAUACUUGAUAGAGGGGCUUCAGAUCAUACAACCUGUAGUAAAUCCUUGUUCACCUAGUCUAAACAAGUUGUUGAUACCUUUGUUUACCUCCCAAAUAGUACAAAAGUCCUUGUCACUCAUAUAGGGACAGUCAAGUUACCUACUGGUUUGUUCCUUUAUGAUGUUUUGUUAGUUCCAAGCUUUACAUGCAACCUAGUUUCAGUUAGCAAACUCACCAAAGACUUCCCAAUCUCAUUACUUUUCCAUUUUGAUCAUUGUCAUAUCCAGGACCUACUAAGCAUGAAGAAGAUUGGUUUGGCAAAAGAAACUAGAGGGCUCUACCAACUCACCUUCACACCUAGACAGUCCAAGACCUUUCAUUCAUCACCUCCACACCUUGCAGCCACCUUAUUCAACUUUCAACCUCAACAGCUUGACCUAUGGCAUUGCAUACUAGGAUAUCCAGGUCAUGAUAGGAUUUCUUUAAUUCAUCAUACCUCUCCUGAUGUAACUAGUGAUAGAAUCAAACACUGUGAAGUUUGCCAUUUGUCCAAACAUAAGAAGUUACCUUUUCCUGUUAGUACCAACAUUGCACCUGAUGUUUUUCAUUUGGUUCAUGUGGAUAUAUGGGGACCUCUAUUUGUUCCUUCUUAUGAUGGUUUUAGUUACUUUCUCACUGUGGUUGAUGAUUGCUCUAGAACUGUGUGGGUUUAUUUAAUGCAUCAUAAAGGUGAAGCAAGGGGGUAUUUACAGGAUUUCUGUCAUCUGGUUAAGAACCAGUUUGGGAAGACAGUUAAAAUUAUCAGAAAUGAUCAGGGGAAGGAGUUUGAAAUGUGUGAAUUCUUUGCUGCUGAAGGUAUAGAACAUCAGGUUUCCUGUGUUCAAACACCAGAACAAAAUGGAAGAGUGGAACGUAAACACCAACACAUUCUAAAUGUGGCCAGGUCCUUAAAAUUUCAAUCUGGCAUUCCUCUUGAGUUUUGGAGUGACUGCAUACUCCAUGUUGUCUACCUUAUUAACAGAAUUCCCACACCUCUUCUCAAAAACAAAUCUCCUUAUGAAAUCCUCUUUGAUCAGCCUCCUUUCCUUGGGAACUUGAGGAUUUUUGGGUGUUUAUGUUAUGCCAGUACACUUGCUCAAGGGAGAACAAAAUUUGCACCUAGAG